AUGAUCAACUACAUGCUCCUUGUGUCUCGUCAAGGCAAGGUCCGUCUUGCCAAAUGGUACACCACGAUGCCUCAGAAGCAGAAAGCGAAGAUCGUCAAGGACGUCACACAGCUCGUUCUGGCACGCCGGACCCGCAUGUGCAACUUCCUGGAGUACAAAGACACGAAGGUGGUGUACAGGCGAUACGCGUCGCUCUUCUUCGUCGCCGGGAUCAGUGCGGCGGAUAACGAGCUUGCCACUCUGGAGAUCAUCCACCGCUAUGUCGAGGUGCUGGAUCGGUAUUUUGGCAAUGUCUGCGAGCUUGAUCUGAUCUUCAACUUCCAGAAGGCGUAUGCGAUCCUGGAUGAGCUCAUUAUCGCCGGCGAGCUUCAAGAGUCUUCAAAGAAGUCUGUGUUGCGAGUGGUCACGCAAGCAGACAGUAUUGAGGAGCAGGAAAACAGCGAGGAUACCAUGGCAAGACUGGGCAGUCUGGGAUCGAGCCUGACAUCACGGGGAUCAUAG